AAGCUGCUUCUCCUUCAGGACGGCCAGGACAUCGAUGGGACCUCCAAGACCGGCAAGAGACACCGGAAGUCUGAGAGCCGCGUGGCCCAUGAGGGGCGCCACCCACCCAAGGCCAGGCGGGACCUCUCAGGCGCCUUCUCGGCCUGCGAAGAGCAGCCGGCGCCUCCCGUGGACUCCUGGGUGCUCCAGACCCUGGGGCUCAAGGACGUGGACACCGUGGAUGAGUCAGCUAACUACAGUGCCUCGACCCUGGACCCCUCCCCUGUGGGGUCUUCCCUUUGGGGUCUCCCCUUUGGGGCCCCCCACCUGGGCCUCUGCGAGAGCCAACCUGGCGAAAGCAUCCCCUUCACCCCCCCAGCGGACAACACUGCCGGCCCCUUCCUCUCGCUCUGUCCACCGCCUUGUCGCUCUGACCGCCCCUCGCCAGCCAAGAUGGGCGUGGCCUUCACCACGUCCCUGAGCCCCCAUUGCAAUGUGAAGACCCACAGCUUCCGCCAGGGACAGGCCUUCGUGCGCAGGGAUGAAGACGGAGGGUGGAAGCUCACCUGGGUGCCCACCCAGUCGGAAUGA